CUUCCUUUCUUUUUUGCUUCUCCCCUUUUUUUUGAAAAGAUCUUCUAAAGUAUUGCCUCGAAAAAUGAAUCUGAAUCACGACGACAUUCUUGAUCUCCCAAUGCCUAUCCCCCGAGGAAAAUGAACCCUGAACAAUUAUCCACAUCGCCGUCAACACGGCGGCCUGAAGACCGUUACCGCAUCCAGUCGGACCUUGGGCGUGGCAGUUUCGGAUUUGUCCAGAAAUGCUUUGACACUGUCACCAAAGAAAUUGUCUGCUUGAAGACCAUCGACGUCGGCGGAGCGGGAAAUAACUACACGACUUCGGCCUCAUCCCCAGCCGCGGCCUCAGAGGAGAAAAAAAAGAACCAAGUUCUGGAUUUUGCCUUGCAGGAAGUCGCGGUGUUGAAGCAAUUGAACUGUGCGCACAUCGUGAAAUGUCUGGACAGCUUCCGGAAACAAGCCGAUUCCACCAGUAUCUGCAUUGUGAUGGAGUAUUGCGCCAAUGGCGACUUGGCGCAACUGCUGAAGCAGCAGGGAUUCUUGCCCGAAUCCGUGGCGCUCUUGUACAGCAAGCACUUAGCCACGGCCCUGGCACACUGCCACCAGCACAAAGUCCUCCAUCGAGAUUUGAAGCCACGUAUUGAUUUUUAGAUUUUUGUGUAGUGUUUAACACUGACUGGUGGAAACGAUCGAUGCCAUCAACGACAUUCAAAUGACUCUGCGUUUGUUCUUACCUGAACCUGCCAUUCUUUUCGCCUCGCAUGAAUGUGAAUCAAUGUAUCUUUUGUCGCUGUCCUAUCGGCAUGAUGUUCUUGAUCAAAGACCGCCCUCCCUGUCACCACGACUACAGGCAACAUCUUUCUCUCCUCUAAUUACGAACUUCGUCUUGGGGACUUCGGUGUUUGCAAAAUCCAAGACGCGACGGGCGAACUCGCUAGUACCAUGAUCGGGACGCCACUGUACCUGUGCCCCGAAAUUUGCCAGAAUGUGAAGUACGAUGAAAAAUCCGACUGCUGGGGCUUGGGAACGAUUUCCUACGAGAUGUUUACCGGCGUAGCGCCGUUUGCUCCCCGACAAGGGAAUUUCGCAAAAGGCGACAAGAACCAACCGCCCCCCGCCGCUAUGAAACCGGCCGCCGCGAUCAUUCUGCAAAUUGCCACGGCGCAGCUGAAGACGGAGGACCUGGCCUUUCGGGUGAGCAACCGCCACGUGGUGAGCUGCGUGUCGCAGUGCUUGUCAAAGCGCCCGCAAAGACGCCCGAGCUGCGCAGCCGCGUGUCAGGUUUUCGCGAAGGCCAUCGAGUCCUUGAAGCGGUUGGGGCUUUACGAACCGAGGGUGAAUAACCAGCUGCUCUCCGAUCGUCCGGAGUAUUUAGACGGCGACGCCGUUGCAGAAAGUAUCUCAAACGGGCCAUGCGUAUCGAAUGCAGCUGUGUCGCAAAAUAGCUUCUUGUAUGAUAAUCAUUGUGGGGCCGCGUCGAACUCGUCGACCAGUAGUAGGACAAAGGGGGUGAACAAGAUGAAACCAUCUCCCUCGUCCGCAGCCAGCAGCGUUUCAAUCAUAGACCUUAGUGCGGACCAACUGCUCGAACAUGCACCGGAAAGUAAGAAAUCUGCUGCCCGUGGUCCUGGCGCCGGAGCUACAGGCUCUUCUUCUUCUUCUUCUUUCCUUCCGCAGAGACCGAGAAAAGACAGCGACUGCAGUGCAGUCUCGGUGCCUCCUGCUGCUUCUGGCCCAGGAGCUGCAAGCGGCGCGCCACCUCCACCUGUGGUCUCCUCCUCGCUCUUCGGUGCGAAGGGACGAGGUGGAGCGAGCAGUAGUUCCUCUUCCAGUGCGAAGGACCACCGACGGGGAAGCGCGCCUUGCCUAGUAUCAUCUGAUUCAAACCGGUCGUCUUUGUCAAAUUCGCAAUCUGAAUCCCGUCUGGAACCGCACCCCGGCAGGGGAUCCGGGACGUCGAGUACGAACAAGAAUGGCGAAAGCUCUGCUACUUCUUCUCUGCGCGAGUAUGACUACCGAAAGGAUUUCCACAAGGGCUUGAACUUACGGCCGCUGCGGUCGGCGAGAGACAAAAUAGGCAGCAAGAGCGAUCUUGUUCCGGGGGAGGUCGGCGUGAACAAGAAUAAGGAUAAGAAACCAGCUGGCCAGUUGAACAACAAAGAGGUUCCCCUCGUUGAGGGGUUGCAGAGAAACUUAUCUGACAUUCUCACUGUCGUAGGGAAAAUCAAGCACGCGGUCAGCACGCCAAGGGAUUUUCAGAAGAUCACAAGUAGUUCCUCUAGCUGCUGCAUUGCAGAAGUUGGACCGCAUCAAGUGCCGGCGGAAGAAGAGCGUCCGCAUCAGCUCCAGCAGCCUGCUAUAAUCGCAGCCACAGCAUCUGCCCCCGCAGCACCGGAGACAGCAUCAGCAUCACCAACUGAAGAAAAUGAAGAUAAGAGAAAUAAAACGAGCGCUGCUGCUGAUGAACAAGAUCCGGCAAGAACAGCAACGUUUGCCUCGGCUCUUGAAGGCGAGGCAGGGGAGGAGGUGGAACAAGAUGAGGCAGAAACUGUAAAAUCUCUUGAGAUCGUGCUGACGGGGGAAACGGACGUUGCCCAAAAAUCUGUUGCCAAAAAUGUUGAAAGAACUACCGAGACCGAAGAUAGUGUAGUGUCUCGUCGUCGUGAUCAACUUCAACAUUACGAGCAAGAAGAAGACGACUCCGACGAAGAUGCCACGAUGAAGAUCGAACUUCCCCCACCUCUACCGGACCGGUGGUCCCAGCUGCCCCCGCAGCUGCCGAAGGUUGUUCAGCGUGCGGGACACGCUGCUCCGGGUGCUGGGAGCAGUAGUACUUCCUGCUUGAAACAAGAGCAGCCCCUGCCGGGUGAACGAUCGUCCAUCAUCAAGACGAGCCCAAGAACAUCUUCCGCUCCAGCAGUAGAGACGAGUGCGAUGAAAUCCUCGGCAGCUCCUGUCGUCGAGGAAGAAUCAAAUGAACGACGAGAUGAACAAGCCGAAACGAGAACAACGGCGGACGAGGACGAGUUGCUGCGAGGUCGUCCCACUAGCGUAAGAAAUGACGUUACACAGAAGUCUUCUGUCAAGACGGUGGCUUCUCGUUCUCGUCCAGCACCACAACCCGCCGGUCCUUCCCCUGGCGCUUGUAGUUCUACUUCCUCUUCCAGCACCACCGGCGCAGAACCAGCCACUGCGAGUUCAUCUGUCCCUCGACCAUCUUCUGCAUCCCCACCUUCUCCAAGCGACGACAACGGGGGGACGCUGACGAGCACGUUCCACCUGACGACGACCAGCUGUGGAGGAGGUGUGAGCAACGGGAAGGAUCCUGGUGCCUCCCCGAAUAGAAAUGCAGCAGAAGUACUAGAGAGCCCACCUCCAGCUCCACCAUCCAACGCUCCGGGGCACAACAAGGGCAGAGUGUCGGCGAAGAUCUCCGGGAUGAUCCAGCACUGGGAACAGAAGGUGAAGGAAGCAGAAGAUAAUUCUUCAGCCAAAGGUGAUCAUCUUCAUGGUAGCAACGCGACGGGAUCGUCAAUCAUUUCCAACAGCUCAGGCUCGCCGCAGAAAUCUACUUCAAAGUCCACCAGCAGUGCUUCCCCAGUCGUCAGCGGAACCGGUGCUGGAGUCGUUGUUCCUCCUGCAAGUAAAAACAAUUAUAACCUGAGUUCUUCUAGUUCUAGUGGAACUUCUUCUUCUUCCUGCUCGCAGAAUUUUGCUGUGGCUGCGAAGGAGAAGGUGAAAUCCCCAGCGCUACAGGAACUAUUGGCGAAAGACCGCGAAGCGCAAUUUGCAAAUGGGGGACAGCACGAUGACAUAAAUCUCGAGAAGACGCAAGAAAUAAAGAAGACUUCUUCAUUUGGAGUCACCACGACAACCCCGGUGCCCAAGAGGAGUCCCAAGGCCUACAACUUGAAAGACGGCGAAAACUGCUGCAAUGAUCUUCUUCGCACGAACGGGGAGGCGCCGCGGCCAUCUUCGGGAACAAAUCCGCAUGGAGAUCAUGGUGGAAAACAAGAAAAUCUGAAUCGAGUUGGAGGGUAUAGCCCUGCAAUCACGCCGUCGUCUUCUCCGGGCAUUGCUUCGGACGACUUGGACAAGUCGUCGUCGCGCCUGUUUCUGAAAAGGCAGGACUUGUCCAAGUUUCAGCAGUUUUCAGCCACGGAUAGCAAUGCGGAGCACGACCAAAGGAGCAGCGCCGGAAUUAUGGCGGGGGGCAAAGAGAAGAACAACAACGGUUUUGGGACAGCCAAUAACUCUAUGUUUCUGCAAUCUGUGACCAGCCACAGCCAGGACGACCAGCAAGACCAUCUCGUGGCCAACCUUCGAGCAAAAAUCUCCAGCCUCUGGCAGGACUCGCCGGGGGAACAGAAAGAUGACAUUAACAUUUUCGCCGUGCCCUCCGGCGAUGCGACCUUGCGCCGCGAGCUGAAACAGAUUCAGAAAGGACAACAAGCGAGUAAAACAAACAACGCAUCUUCCUCUUCUGGUGGCGCCAGCGGCUUCGGUGCCGGAGGGUCGCCGCACCAGGAACAGUCUUCGCACAACUCCAAAGACGUGGAAUCGCAGUCCUCCGUGUCUGCCCAAGAGGAGGGGAGGAUUAGUGAGGGCUCAGCUCUUCACGGCGACGUCUUUGGAAAGAACGACCAACAUAAAAACCAGAACAGAUUCUCCCCCGCAUCUUCUUCACCCGGCAACCUUCUCACCGCGAAAUCUUGGAAGCAGGAGUAUGUCUUGCAAAAGUUGUAUCUUCGUGCUAGUCCUCCUUGUAUUCGUAAUUGCACUUAAAUGCAAUUUUUUCGCUCGAGUCAAAAGCGAAACGGAAACGAUAGUGGAAUUUGUGUUUGGAAGUUGCCUCAGGAACAAAGAGGUUUGUCAUGCAGUAUUGCAAUUGCUUCGAGCACGAUACAACAACUUUUGCAAUGGAUAAAAAGGCGAAGGCGACGAACCUGUUGCCGUUUCGGCCGGAAGUUGAAGUAGUGACGGAUGUGAGCAGCCCGGCAAUCGACUACCUGUCGCUGGCUAGGGAGGUUCUGCGGAAUAUCAUUUGUAAAAACGUACCCACACCAGAGUCAGGAUGGGGAUUUUGCAACACAAGCCUAGGAGUUUUGUGAGUCACGCAUGACAAGUCGCGCUCUGCAGUGUAGUGCAGCCAGGUUAGCAAGUGCAGCCGCAUCACAGAUUCAUCUGCUCAUCCUGUUCACAGCAUCACAAAUUCCAAAACACGACUGGAAAUGGCUCUCAUGGGGAUGCGCAUUACAAGUCUUCCUGUCUGUGCAAAUCUGCAUUACAACUCUGGUGUGGGUACGUUUUUACUCAGGAUACGGAAAUCACGGGAGGUCACCGACAAGGACCUGUGUGAGGUUUCGACACCUGGUGUGCCACAGCAGGAGGAGCCGGCGCAAAAAAUGCAGCUAGUACAACGUGGCCAACAGGUCGGUCUCGGUGCGCCGUUAUUUUCUGGGGCAUCACCACGGUUGUCGGAGUGCCGGUUUUCGGAGACCAACCUGAACCUGUUUAACCCUGCGCCAAGAACCACGACAGCUGCUACUGCUACGACAGGACCAACUCGAACUGUAGUAAGUGUCUCCUCCUCUUCUUCGUCUGCCUCUGCUGGUCUUCACCAGCAGCCAAAGACAGCAAUUGGGGCGCCGAAGAUGAGCCCACCUGCAGUGGCCAUUGUCCCGGGCGUCCCGAGGUCGCAGAUCUUAGAGGACUUUCUAUCCAAAGAACGGAAACGAAACGAGCUGCACUUCGGACGGCCGGAAAAACCAAUUAUAGCAAUAAAUCCAGCGGGGGCACCUGGCCGGUUGCACGACCGAGAGAACACCAGCCAUCUACGUGUAGUACGUCCGCGGUGGAGCGGGCGACACCAGAGCGACAAGAAUCUGUUACACCCCCGGCCGAAGAUUGAGAAGCCCAAGCCCAAAUCGUUGCCGCAACACCAUCCAUCCUCCUCCGCGAGCAGCUUCAGCCGCCCGAAGACACGACUCAAACAGCGCAUGUCCAUUGCAAACGCGCCGCAUCACACCGCUUUGACGAAGAGCCAACGGGUGCGGGCGAACUACGGCAAGUUAAAAAGCACGGCGACUGGAGGGAUGGUGAACUAUGGUAGUGGAGGGGGAAUCCGGCCGGCCAGGAGCGCGAGCAGCAAGUGUAUUUUGCACGUGCCGGCGGGGACGGGAGCUGCAGCUGUUUCGAACAACAGCAAGAGUAAAACGCCGUCGCCGAGUGAAAGUGUUGCUAAGGUAGUUCUCUCCACUCCGGCAGCUUUUGCUCCUGCCGCUUCCCCUCCUCCUGCUUCCUCGUUGAAAGUACUGCAGCAUCGACCGAGACUGGACCAGACCCCUGCGGGAGUGGUUGUGCAGAAGAGCAAAGUGAUGAAGAUGGGUAUCAAAACGAGCAGUGACAGCUGCGAUGAUGUCGUUGUGUCUGCACCACGACCUACAGCAGGUCCUUCAUCCACCGCGUCUAGUAAUAGUAGAGGCGGGGCCGCAAUAAAUACAGGAACAGGAGCAGCGCCGGCGAGUUCGUCCUCUUCGUCCUCGUCGAGACCCGUUUGUAAUGCAGGCGGGCAAGCGCAACCCCAUGGUGCCCAAGCCGCGGGCAUGAGACCCGCAGGAAGGAGAGUCACUCGCGAACACGUUUCAGCAGGUACAAAUCAAAAUGUAAAAAAAGCACCUUCACCUCCAGCGCCAUCAGGAGUUGCCAUUCCUUCUGCAGCAGCAGCUUCGACCAAGUCGAGCGCGCCACCGUCGUCCUCAAUAGAUGCAGCUGCGCGGGGAAGCAAGCGGGCUGCUGGAGGUCCUGGUGGGCCGCGGGUUUCUGCAGCUAAUAAACCAUAUCGUAAGGAAAAAUCCCCCCUCCCCAUAUUGAAAAGGUAUGUUUCCGAAAAUUUGUGUUGCUGAUUUGAGGCCACAAAUCACAUUGAUCUUGCAAGAAGACAAGGGCAGAAGCUUCCGCCCUACUUUGGAAGCAAUUUGUCAUGCUGUUGAGCCUAAAAGGGAGCCGCUUGCCAUGCUGAGCAACUAGAUCCAUACGCCCCUACCUAGCCUGGGGAUCUGGCCGCAAUGCCGCCCUGCAAUACAAAGCUGAUUUGUGUACACAAGUGCAGCAUCAGAAAUUCCGUUUUGUUAUGGGGAGGGGGGAUUUUUCCUUUCGAUAAACCAGCGUCGUCUACUACUAGUGCCACAGCUCGUGGAAAGUCAAAAGGGAAAGCUGGUGGUGUCACAGCUAGUGACACUCCGACGAGUCGAAAUCCGAAAAACACGAAGGCUUUUAUUGCGAAUAGUGCGACAAGAAAUUUCUCACAGUCACACCAAGAUGCACAACACGCGGAUCAUGGACAUCAGGAGCUACUACAGAAGAAGUCCGUCCAGUCGCCGAGUAUUUUCCACCCGGCCAGCCGAACCACGACAAAGUCCACCACGGCGAGUGGUUUGAGCGGCAGCGGAGCUAAUGUGAAUGUCGGACUUCUGCUGGCGCCGGCGCAGCAGGUUCAGGCCAAAACGCAGAUUGAGUUUCAUCAGAAACAGCAGGAAGAACUGCAGGCGGGGACAGAAGGAUGGCAACGCGUGCAAAACGAAAUAGCUGCAAAGGAAAAGGUGGUGGACAUCAUAACCCGGGACGAGCACAGUCGCGCUUCUGCAACUACAGUACCACGGGGGCUGCUCGGCCAUGAUGAGUCGUCUCAGCUUGAUUGUCUUGCGAAGGCGAUCAAAGUCGAGCAGCCACCGAGUUCGGACUCGGAUUGAAAAUGAAAUUUCGAUGAUGAUGUAGUUCUUACACUACGAAGGAAGAAUGAAUGAACCGUAUUCGAGUGUAGCUGAACUUUUUGCUCGAUGUAGACAAUGACAGUGAGGGGCAUGCGCAGAUGAACUCCAUGAAUCUCUACCUUGCCAUGACAAAGACAAGCCGACGUGAGUCUCUCUUCAUUUCUGCGGAAUGAACUACUGCAGCAGGUGUCUACGAUCGAGGUUUCAUUUUUGGUCGCUCCGCUGUGAAGAUUUCUUUGCUAGCAGCUAAAGCACUUAUUCCCACUGAAUCUUUGUACUUCGACAGCCGCGAUUGAGGAAAUCGGGGGCAAAAAAAGGAACGCCAAAG